AACGAUUCAGAAGCCGGCGGAGAAGGACCAAGGCAAUCACUACAUUCCCCUCCGAAAAGAAAUCACCAAAAUGCGUGAAAUUGUACAUCUCCAAGCCGGCCAGUGUGGCAACCAGAUCGGUGCUAAGUUCUGGGAGGUGAUCUCGGACGAGCAUGGCAUCGACCCAACUGGCACAUACCAUGGUGACUCCGACUUGCAGUUGGAGCGAAUCAACGUUUACUAUAAUGAAGCUACUGGAGGCAAAUAUGUACCCCGAGCUGUACUGGUCGACUUGGAGCCAGGCACCAUGGACUCUGUCCGCUCUGGUCCAUUUGGACAGAUCUUCAGACCAGACAACUUUGUCUUCGGACAGAGUGGAGCUGGAAACAACUGGGCCAAGGGUCACUACACCGAGGGGGCUGAGCUGGUUGACUCUGUGCUUGAUGUUGUGCGCAAAGAGGCUGAAGGGUGCGAUUGCCUACAGGGAUUCCAACUGACACACUCCCUUGGUGGUGGCACUGGCUCAGGAAUGGGAACACUUCUCAUCAGCAAGAUCCGUGAGGAGUACCCUGACCGCAUCAUGGCAACUUUCAGUGUCGUACCUUCUCCCAAGGUGUCCGACACCGUGGUGGAGCCAUACAACGCCACCCUAUCAGUCCACCAGCUCGUAGAGAAUACAGACGAGACAUUCUGUAUCGACAACGAGGCCCUGUAUGACAUCUGCUUCCGCACCCUAAAAUUGACCACCCCAACAUACGGUGAUCUCAAUCAUCUCGUGUCGAUUACCAUGAGUGGUGUCACCACUUGUCUGAGGUUCCCUGGUCAACUCAAUGCUGAUCUUCGCAAGCUGGCAGUCAACAUGGUACCUUUCCCACGUCUCCACUUCUUCAUGCCUGGCUUUGCUCCCCUGACCAGCAGAGGCAGCCAGCAGUACCGUGCAUUGAGUGUCCCAGAGCUGACCCAGCAGAUGUUCGAUUCUAAGAACAUGAUGGCUGCUUGCGACCCCCGUCAUGGCCGCUACCUGACCGUUGCUGCCGUCUUCCGUGGACGUAUGUCCAUGAAGGAGGUUGAUGAGCAGAUGCUGAACGUGCAGAACAAGAACAGCAGCUACUUCGUGGAAUGGAUCCCCAACAACGUCAAGACCGCUGUCUGCGACAUCCCACCACGAGGCCUAAAGAUGUCUGUCACCUUCAUCGGUAACAGCACCGCCAUCCAGGAGCUGUUCAAGCGCAUCUCUGAGCAGUUCACUGCUAUGUUCAGGCGCAAGGCUUUCUUGCAUUGGUACACCGGUGAGGGUAUGGAUGAGAUGGAGUUCACUGAGGCUGAGAGCAACAUGAACGACUUGGUAUCUGAGUACCAGCAGUAUCAGGAUGCAACAGCUGAGGAGGAGGGAGAUUUCGAAGAGGAGGAAGAAGGCGAAGAUGCAGACGCUUAAAACUUGAUCAAGCAUUACCAACAUGGAACUCAAUUUCGAUGGCAUACAUUAAAUUAAGCAUAAACUAGCUUCGAUGAUCUGCAUAAUACAUACAAAAACUCACUCGUCUUUGCCUUCCUUGACAUCAAUUAAUGAAACAAAAAAGUACAAGCCUUUCAUUGGCAACAGACGAGCAUGGGUGUUAUAGGUGUAUCCCAAUAUGUAAUUGCCCUGAAGUCCAAGCUUCAGGUUUUGUCCCUUGUUUGUUAAAAAAAAAUGAAAAAGUGAGUAAGAAGAGUGACAGUUCGUUAAAGAAUACCAUUACCUUAUCCACAUGCUACAAUAAUACUUAAAUUGGAGCAGGUUCUCAAGUCAUCAUUCUUUAGUGCACGUUAUCACUUGAUUGUGUAAUGAAUACUUAAAAACUCAGUAACGACGGUUCAGCCCGAACUGCUGCUACCAAAGGCAUCAAAACGUAUUUCACAAUUCAUUGCCGAUUUUAUUCAAUUCAAGCAAAGUCUGCCAAGCCAAGAUUACCCAAGGUAAUUAUCCGUCAUCCUUUAGUAAAGACUAAUAAUUUUUUUUUAAAACUUGACAUUUCUUCAUAGCAGUCUUAAUAGCCCCAAAUCCAGUGGCGUAAAUCUGUGCAAGCGAGUGGGGGGAUGGGGGAUGACCAUAAUAAAAAAAAUUGCCCGGCCGUAGAAAAAAGAAAAGCGGGCCCCCUCCCCUGGGAUUUACGCCCCUACCCAAAUCGGACUUCAGGCCCAAAGAACAAACAUUUCAGGAAUCUGCAAUUUACUUUUAAGUGUACUUUUUUAUAAUUUUUUUAAUUAUGUGAUUGAGGUGUUUCUAUCAAUGUCAAAUU